AUGGAGAAAACCACACCGGCGCCUGAAAAGUCCGCGAGUUUUCCUAGACAACAAUCCGGCAAAAAGAACAUCUUUUCAGGCCCCACCACUCCAAGAAAACGCUAUGACACCAUCGACGAAGAGGAGACAGAAGAGAAAGAAGUUGGCUCCGAUCACCAAGACCCUGAUGUCCCCGAGAUAAGCCACGAUGAAGUACUAGAAGAAGUCGAUUGCUUCUUGGUUGUCUUGACCGAAUCAGCCAAAGAAAAAGAAGACAACCUGCCAGAGGUUCCCGGCUCGGUGGAGACGCUCUGCAAAACCCUAGACGCCAUGAUAAAGCAAUACGGCAAAGGCUCGGCGAGGUUUGGCGAAAACGAGGCCGAAGACUCGCCUUUCGUGGAGGCGGUGAUUCGGAUAUCGAAGGUCUCGACCAUUUUAGGGGAUAUCCCUUCCAACACUGCAACGGCGGAGACGUUGAACCGGACUAGUGCAGUUCUGCAGCGUGCCAUGGCCUUAUUGGACGAAGAAUUUCGCAACCUUCUGAAUCAAGAUGAGAGUACUAAUAAUAACAAGAGAGCAGACUCCAACCCUAGCUCAGAGCCAAGCUUGUCUAACAAGUUAACGGCCAAGCUAGCCUCCUUCAACAACCAUAACAACAAUGAUCCGGAUCGGAAGCCAGCCGAGGCAACUGAACCGGAUCCAUUGGAAGAGUUCCCGUCGUUUUCGCCGGAGAGCAUCGCCACCAUGACAAAAAUAGCCACCUGUAUGAUCGCCUCAGGAUACGAGAACGAGUGUUGCAUGGUUUACAGCCUUUCACGACGAAAUGCAUUCAAAUCGGCGCUCAACGAUCUCGGAUACGAAAACAUCAGCAUUGACGAUGUCCAGCGAAUGCAAUGGGAAGCUCUCGAAGGAGAGAUCGCCACGUGGAUCAGCGCCGUCAAGACUUGCUCUACCGUUCUCUUUCCCGGAGAGAGGAAGCUCUGCGACGCCGUCUUCGAUGGCCACCCUGCCAUAGCUGACGACUUGUUCUGCAACCUGGCGCGCACUGUGGUCGUCCAGCUCUUUAACUUCGCCGAUGCCGUAGUGCUGACGAAGCGGUCGGCUGAGAAGCUGUUCAAAAUAUUGGACAUGUAUGAGUGCCUCCGGGAGCUGGUCCCGGCUAUUAAAGGCUUCUAUUCAGAGGAGAAUGCCAAGGACCUGAUCUUUGAUGCCGAGGCGGCGAAGAACCGUCUCGGCGAAGCAGCCGUGAGCAUAUUCUGUGAUCUAGAGAAUUCUAUCAAGUCCGAUAACGGAAAAACACCGGUUCCAAGCGGCGCGGUUCACCCCUUGACACGUUACGUCAUGAAUUAUCUAAAAUAUGCUUGUGAGUACAAGGAUUCACUGGAAGAGGUGUUUCAGCAAAACCAUGACACACAAGAAAGCAACGGCAGUAACACCCCCGGAACGACGCCGUCCUGGUCGCCGUUUCAGUUGCAGUUGAUUACCGUAAUGGACAUGUUGGACGCGAAUUUGGACAUGAAGUCUAAGCUGUAUAGGGACUCGUCGUUACGGUACAUUUUCUUGAUGAACAACGGGAGGUACAUUAUGCAAAAGGUUAAGGGUUCUACUGAGAUUCACGAAUUGAUGGGAAAUACGUGGUGUAGAAAGAGGUCGACGGACUUGAGAGGGUACCAUAAGAAUUACCAGAGGGACACAUGGGGAAAGGUCUUGCAGUGCCUCAACCAUGAGGGUUUGAUGUUGAACGGAAAGGUGUCGAAGCCUGUGCUGAAGGAGAGGUUCAAGAGCUUCAAUACACUGUUUGAUGAGAUACACAAGACGCAGAGCACGUGGGUUGUGAGCGACGAGCAGCUUCAGUCGGAGCUUAGGGUUUCGGUGUCAGCUGUGAUGAUUCCGGCGUACAGGGCUUUCUGGGGGAGGUUCAAGCAGCACUUGGAUUCCGGGAGGCAAACGGAGAAGUAUAUAAGGUACCAACCGGAAGAUAUUGAGAAUAUGAUUGAUGACUUGUUUGAUGGGAACCCUGUUUCUAUGGUGAGAAGGAGAUGAACUGAGUAAAGAUUUUUUUCAUGCUAGCAAUUUGGUACUGUGGGAAAUUUGAAUUUAAGUUUCUGGUUUGUUGUAUAACACAAAUUAAGACUAUAUGUUGGAAUUAUUGUACUUCGAUUGUAGAAUCUUACAUGAAAUUUUGUAGCUUGCACGCAUGUAAUUAAUUGUUAUAAAUGUAUUCAAUUUCAAGGGGAGCU